AUGAAAUUUAAUUUGCAAGAAUUGACUGAAGUAACCGGGAGCCACAAAGUCUUCUCGAAGAAGGACUGGAUCAACGGGUCACAGAGCAGUGCUUGGUUUCUGGGAGGAAUGGUCUCCGCCCCGCGGAGCCUCCAGCCGGGGCUGUCCUUCCCUUCGCAGCUCCACCCACCGACCGGGGGGGGGGGGGAAGAGAGGCGCCGUAACUCCGGUGCGAGCAGCAGCAGCAGCAACGACUCGGAGCGGUUCUCACUGGCGAGCUUCGAUCGGAACCUCUUCGAAGCCCAUCGGUAUUCGUUGGUGCCAGAGAUGUCUUCCGAGUCAGCUUCCCCUCAUGAGCGGUCCCUGUCUCCGAAUGCUCUUCAACUCCCAGAAGGCCGUCGAACGAGGGACCGGUCUCCUUCCCCAAUGAGAGGAUAUCUCAUCCCGAGCCCGCUUCCAACUCGGAGGACUCGAACCUGUUCCGCGACAGCAAGAGCCUCUGAGGGACCCACCUUCAAGGGCGUGUGUAAAUGCUUCUGCCGUUCCAAAGGCCACGGAUUCAUCACUCCCGCAGACGGAGGCCCAGACAUCUUUGUGCACAUCUCUGACAUUGAAGGAGAGUAUGUCCUGGUGGCUGGCGAUGAGGUCACCUACAAGGUGUGCACCAUUCCCCCGAAGAACGAGAAGCUGCAAGCCAUAGAGGUGGUCAUCACCCACCUGGCUCCAGGAACGAAACACGAGACAUGGUCGGGACAUGUUGUCAACUCCUAGAGCGCCCCCUUCUGAAACCAUGUUGACUGAGAAUGCUGGACUGGGGUAUUGUUCCACAACUGAUACUGACCAGAGUCGGACAGAUGAGUUUUCUGCAUAUUGAGUGAGGUGAAACGUCAUUGUUAACUGGGGGUCCAAAGGUGGCCAGAUCAACCUUUUUUUAUAUAACUGUAAUAAUUAAAAUCAAAACCAGAAAGGCAUCACACAAGGUGGCCAGUAAAAAAGGAAAUGUAACAUUGACUUUGCCAACUUCGCCAGUGUGAUUUUACACUAGUGUGUUCAGUAGGUACCCAAAGGCCUUAGAAAGACCAACGAAAAUAUGAUGAAGUGCCCUCAAUGAUUGCCCAAGCAAUGGGGCAGAAAGGAACACAGCUUUGUACCUGUAGACCCAUCAAAGAGUUGUCUAUUUUAGUGAGAUCAUGCAAGGCAAAGGCUACCAAGAGUGCCCGGGUAAAUAAUUGGAUGGAGAUUUUGCUUCACUGCAGAGGCUCACAACAAGCUUAACUAGCGACAGCGGUGCAAGUUUUCUGAUCGGUUGUCAGGUGGAAGGUGUCGAAGAUGAUAUUCUCGUGCGACAGCUGAACUGGUGUUGCCUUCAUAGAAUCACAGACCAUUCUGCGAGUUACUUUUCUCAGUGCCUUUUAGGUUUCUAGGCCCAAGGAAAUCCUUGCCACCACGCAAGGCAGCAGAGAGAAACCCCAUCAACAAGACAGUUUCACUUCUCUCGAUUUGUGCCUGACAUUUUUACAGAAGCUGAUAAAAGGAAAAAAAAAAGAGAGCCUACCUUGACUUUUCAUAUAUACACAUUUGAUAUGUGUGUUUUAGUGCCUGCCGUGGUUGGUUAAUGAAAAACUGCCUUCUCUUUGCCUUUUUUUUUUUUUUAAAUAGCUUUUGAUUUUUAGGUUGCACUGUAUGUAACAUAACCAGAUCCCUUUCUGGGACCGAUCCUUCUGGGAUUCUUUAGCUGACAACAUGUAUUACUACAGUUAGUGGUGGUGUGUUUGUAUCUGUGCACAUGUUUAAUUUACAGCCAGGUGUUUUUUUUUUACAGGUUUGGGGGCAAAACUGUAUUUCACUUCCAUUUCAGUGCUGGUUUCAUUUGUCUUUGCCCAGUAGAAAAUGUUUCGAAAAGGGUUUAUUCCCCUUUUGACCUUCUUACCAUUGGAUUCUUUUGGGAGAGAAAAAUUAAAAGCCUAGAACGAA